CAGAGAGGGAGAGAGCAGUGCGGAGAAGAUGGCGGCGCUUAUAAAGGCCGUGCAGGCCGGCACGAGCAUGAACGGCAUAACAAAACUGUUCACGAAUCUGUCUUUGGCCCCGGGUGUCAUCGCUCCUGCCAAACAUGCGUUUCUCCGCAGCGCUCCAGCUUUGCACUGCGCGUUUAUACAUCUUACAUCGGGACGCCGUGACUUGAUGGAAUUCUUUGACGAUCCGAAAAAUUGGGGAAAGAACGAGGUGCGAGUGGGUCGGUCUUGGAAGAAGGAUGAAUUGAGGUUGAAGAGCAAUUCCGACUUGCAUAAGUUAUGGUACGUGUUAUUGAAGGAACGUAACAUGCUUAUGACCAUGGAAAAUGCGUGCAAUAGAGCAUUCGAGAUCUUCCCGAAUCCCGAACGUUUGGACAAAGUUCAGGACAGCAUGAGUAACUUGGAGUCAGUCGUUCGCGAAAGAAACAGAGCGUAUCACUUGCUCGAGACUGGAGAGACAGGAGAGCGUCCUGGAAAACUGGUCUACAAUAUCUUAGGUUUAAGGUUUUAUUACCGAAUGAGGCAGCAUAGCAUCCCAAAGUUCGUAAACACGAAAUGGCAUAAGUUGCACAUGUUUGGCUAUGGCGGAUACGCGACUCGAAAGUUUUUACGCUUGUACAGGGAGCAACUUUGGAAUAAGAAACGCAGAGCAAUAACACGUGACAAUAAUCGUGUCGCAAUGUUAAUGAGAAAAUUCCCGAAUCUGGAUCUUGAAGCUGUGAAAGAACAGUUUCCGAAUGUUAAUGUAGAAAAGGUAAAAGAGUCUAGAAGAGCAAGAAGCCAUACUGUACCUGUGUAAUUCGCAAUUCCUGUUAAUAGGGUAGCAAAUUAUUGAACAUCUGUUACAUUUGUGAAUGUAAGAUAUCCGAUCGUUAAUACAGUACAUAAGUUUAUAUGUUUAGUAUUUUUUUUCAUCGUGUCUAUUAAAAUUUACACUUAUUCAAAUUAUU